AUGGCUCGCCACGCAUUCGCCUUGGCGUUGGCCUCAGCCUACAGUCUCGCAUCUGCCCUCAGCACUCCUCAGGUGGUUCCUCGUGCCUCCGGACCAUGUGCUGGUAACACAGCGACCACCCGCUCUCAGUGGUGUGAAUACAGUGUCGACACCGACUACAACAGCGUAGUCCCCGACACUGGUGUCACCCGAGAGUAUUGGCUUGAACUUACUGACGUCCAGGUCGCUCCGGAUGGCAGGCAGCGCAGUCACAGUGCCAUGGCCAUCAACGGCAGCAUCCCUGGACCCACACUGUUCGCCGACUGGGGUGACAAUGUGAUCGUCCAUCUCACCAACAACCUGGACCCCUCUGAGAACAACGGCACCAGCAUGCACUUUCACGGCAUCAGGCAGAAUUACACCAACCAAAAUGAUGGUGUUUCGGCCAUCACACAAUGCCCAACGCCUCCAGGCUCUACUGUGACUUAUAAAUGGCGUGCUACCCAGUACGGCUCUAGUUGGUACCAUUCCCACUGGGCUCUGCAAGCUUGGCAAGGAAUGUUGGGCGGUAUCAUUAUCAACGGACCGGCAACGGAAAAUUAUGACGAGGACCUGGGAAUGCUGUUCCUCAACGACUGGGACAUUCAUACUGUGGACCAGCUAUACUACAAGGCCCAGACGUCUGGCCCGCCAACGCUAGACCAAGGCCUGAUUAACGGCACAAACGUCUUCAACUCGAGUGACAACCAGGUGACAGGCCAUCGGUGGAACACGACCUUCACCGAGGGCAAAUCCUACAGGAUCCGGUUGGUGAACGGAGCCAUUGAUACGCACUGGAAGUUCUCCCUUGACAACCACACCUUGACCGUCAUCGGCACCGACUUUGUUCCCAUCAAGCCUUACACCACCAACAUCGUAGACAUUGGCAUGGGCCAGCGGUACGAUAUAAUUGUGACGGCCAACCAGGCUGCCACCGCAGACGCUUUUUGGAUGCGUGCAAUCCCCCAGUCGGCCUGCAGCGACAACAGCAACGCCCAAGAUAUCCGCGGAAUAGUCUACUACGGCCAAGCCUCGGAGCAACUCCCGACCACUAACGGGUACGACUACGAUGAUAGUUGCGCUGACGAGGACCCCUCCAACCUGGUGCCGUACGUGGCCAAAAACGUAGGCUCGAGCACGUGGGCCGACACCCAGGGGGUAUCAGUUGCCUUCAACGAUGAGAGGCUGUUCCGCUGGUACCUCAACACGACUACCAUGGUGGUGGACUGGAAGAACCCGACGGUGAUGCAGGUGGCCACCGGCAACACGAGCGUCUUUGAGUCCUCCAACGCCGUCAUGGUGCUCGACAAGGCAGACGAGUGGAUCUACCUCGCAAUCCAGACCACCCUUGCCGUACCUCACCCGAUCCACCUGCACGGGCACGACUUUUUCGUCCUGGCUCAGGGCUCAGGGCAAUACCAGCCCGGGACCACGGCGCUGAACCUCGUGAACCCGCCGCGUCGCGACACCGCCAUGCUGCCGGCGUCGGGCCAUCUCGUCAUGGCGUUCCUGACCGACAACCCGGGCGCUUGGCUUAUGCACUGCCACAUCGGCUGGCACACAAGCGAGGGAUUCGCCAUGCAGUUCGUCGAGCGCCAGAGCGAGAUGCUGGGGCUCAUGGAUCAGGAGGAGUUGAACGACAGCUGUGCGGCCUGGGCGUCGUAUCAGAAGACCUACAAGGUGCUGCAGGAGGACUCUGGUAUUUGA